ACCGAACAUCGAUCGUCGUCAAAGAACUAUCACCACGGGAUCUGAUCCGCUGCGGCUGCGAAUGAACUAGAAGAGUCGUUCCCCGCUCCUCCACGUGCGUGUUUCAAUCCAAACGCAGCUACCGAGAAUGGGAAGGCUUCUGCUCCGACGUCCCUCGUCCCCGACCGGCAGGGGGAAGCGCCUCUUCCGGUCCAGGUUCGUGGUGUUGCUCGCUUGCUGGUGGAUCGCGGCAUCCCUCCCGGCCCUCGUCCAUGCUGGAUUCACCGCCUACGUCUUGCCAAGGGAGGACCCCUACAAGGUGCUGAAAAUCAAGCGCAAGGACCGGAACAACCGGGACGCCAUCAAAAAGGCGUACCGCGAAAUGGCCAAGUCCGCGCACCCCGAUAAGAACCGCCACCUCGAUCCGGAUGUGGCCAACAAGCGUUUCCAUCGAAUCCAGGAAGCCUGGGAGAUCCUCGGGGACAAGACCAACAAGCGCAAGUACGACCAGCACCUACGAGAUAAGGAGGCACGGGAACGCCGGAACCGGAGGCCCACGAAACAAAAAGAACAGGAGCGGAGGCAGCGUGAAAAGGAGGCAAGGGAGACCCGGGAACGAUUCCAGAGGGAACAGGAGCGGAUGAAAAAAGAACAACAACGCAAGAAGCAGAGCGAGAUGCAUGCGCAGGAGGCGCAGGAGGCCCUCCUCAGGAUCUCCACGCUGGAACAACUGCACGAAAGGAGCAACUUGUUCGACAAGAACACCAACACGUUCAAGAAACACUUUUUGUGCGUCUUUGUGGGAAACAAAAAGGCAGAACAAACAGCCGAAAAGGACUACCAGUUUCCCUACCCCUUUGGACCCCGGGGAACAAACUCCUUCGACUGGACGGAAAUCAUGCAAACAGCCAAGGUACGGUUCAACAAGGCUACACCCUUGACAAGGGCCUUUCGGGUUUCGGCCAGAGCCUCCGACCCGAUCAUUGUCUUUGCCAAGAAAGGAUCGCGGCUGGACCUCUUCGAGUUCGAAACCUACACCGGGGGAAACCUCGAAGACUGGGUCCUGCGCAUGAUGCAGACAUCCGUCAGCGUCGUCAAUCGCUACGCAUCGGGAGGGCCCACCAUCAAGAUCUUUUUCGACGACGGCGACACUCUCCGAUCCGCGGGCAAGGCCGUCCCCCCGGGAUUCAUGCUGCAGAUACCUCUCAAGAUCUCGGACCGUCUGCUCGUGGUCGACGCGGGGACGGACGACUUUACCGGAGGCGUGGGCAUCGGCCAGAAACGCCAGCAAGAUCUGGAGAAGCUGCGGGACGAGAAAAUCCUCGACCGGAUCGCUCUGGACAGAAUGUACGCGAGAGAGGAGGGCGAACGAUUCGACAUCGGGCGGGGGCACGGAACCACGCGCGUGUGCUACGAUCUGUCGACGUCCUGCCACCGCGACGCAACGAGGGAAAAGUGCGAAGGCCGGAGCAGGUUUUUCCACGCCAUGUGUGCCAAGAGCUGCGGGGUCUGCAUCGAGUCGAACUACUGGAACGGGAUCUACUACUACCUCCUCCACAAGCCCCUCGACACGAUCCCGGACGUUCCUUGCGUGAGGCGCAUCCUGUCGUGGCUGCGAGACCACGGCGAGUUCGGGAGCGUCUUCUGGCACGAUCUCUCGCACAUGUGGGAGAAGCGGCGCAACAUCAUGUUUGGCUUUGUCUUCACGGGGCUGGUCCUCGGGAUCCAGAUCGUUCUGCUGGCGCGGAUGUUCAUGGGGAACCGCCGAAGCAGCGGGCGCGCGGGCGAGUGCACUUUCUUCUCGUCCCCGGCGGUGGUCGGAUUCCUCCUUGUCGCGAACAGCGCCGCGAUCGGCGCAAGAUUCUGGUUGUCGGCGACGCCGAGGCACAAGGUUCCCCCAUUUCUCAGGGGAUUCCGGGCCGAUCUAAAGGGGAUAGAAAAGAGUUCAUACCAACUGUUGAGAAUUCUGUUUUGCCUGGGAGCUGUUUCCUCGUACGCAUCCAUUGCAGGGACGCGGCGCCUGCGCCUCCGUCCUGUUCUCCAAGAAACUGCAACGUUCGCUACGAUUGUUUUGGCAACCGCAUUGUUAUUGUUGGGAAUAGAUCAUUAUUUUCAUAGAGAGUUUACCGGUGAUAAACUCUGGAAAAGACACCGAUACAUGCAAUGGGAAUCCAUUUGGGAUCUUCGCAAGAAUGCAGCCAUUGCCAUAAUUGUUUCGGGCAUUCUCUCCGGGGCUUUGAUCGCAGGUCUUGGAAGAUUCAUGAAGCAAUAUAUACGGCCGUUGUACUUGGUGCUGUCCACCGCCAACAUCGGUCUUUGGUCUGGUCUACUCCUGUUUGCGGUCCACUUCGAUAGGUUCUUCUACGAAGACCUAAAACACACAACCGAGAUGCGCAUGAGUGCCGCAAUUCCCUGUUUGAUCCUGGGAUUGAUUUGGGGCAUGGGCGGUGCACAUCUGGUCUCCACCUACCGAGUCAAGGUGAAAGUCGAUUGAACGGAGUUACUUAGGAUGCUAUACUGCUUUAUCUCGUUCGGCAUCGGAUGACCGUAAACCCUCUCCUCGGUGUUACGUCAGCUCUUUAGUGGCGGUUUAGAACUAACGAAUCCGGCAUUGAAUUCAGAUUUUUAUUUCUGUUGAAAAAAUACACAUUAAGAAGUUUA